CGGAGCUGCCCACGCUGGGGCGAAGCUCCGCGGCGAGGGGCGCCAGCGGCAGCGGCCGCCGCCUCCCGAGCGGUAGGCCCGUGGGCCGCUCUGGCUCGAGCCGGCGGCCGAGGCUCCGGCGCCCCCCCGCACGCGGAGCAGCAACCGCUUUCCCACGCCACCUCCCAGCUCCCCUUACAUCGGGCCUGCGGCGCUGCCGCGCCCAGAGCGCCGAUGCCCUGCGGCGGGCGCCUGCACUGCCUGCUCGCCCUGUGCUGCUGCGCCUGCUCGGCCGCGCGGCGGGCGCUGCGCCCCAGGGAGGCCGCCGCCCUGCGGGCCGCUGCCGGCCGCGGCGGCGACGGCGAGCGCGCGCAGGUGGCGGCGGAGAUCAACAGCCGCCCAGGCGUGCUGUGGAGGGCGGGGGUCAGCCCCCGCUUCUCCGGCCUGCCGCUGGGGGCCUCGGAGGCGCUGUGCGGCGCCGUGCGCACCCCGCGCGGCGGCGCGCUGCAGCGGGCGCCCUCCCGGCGGGCGCCGCGCGCCGGCGCCGCGCCCGCGCCGGAGCGCUUCGACGCCGCCGAGGCCUGGCCCCAGUGCGCCCGAGUGAUUGGCAACGUCCGCGACCAGUCCGGCUGCGGCUGCUGCUUCGCCUUCGCGGUGGCAGGCACGGCCGCGGACCGCCUGUGCAUCGCCACCGAGGGGAGCGUGGCCGUCCAGCUCUCCGAGGAGGAGCUCUGCUUCUGCACCACAGCUCGCAGCCACGGCUGCGACGGGGGGUCUAUGGCCGAGGCCUGGGGGUUCGUGAGGGACAGGGGCCUGUCGACGGGGGGUCCAUACGCUCGGAACAGCUCCAGCGGCCACAGGUCGGGCUACUGCAAGGCCUACUCGCUGCCGCCCUGCUACCACCACGCCGACGCCGCGAGGCGGACCGAUGGCUCCCUCGCGUCGUGCCCAGAGAAGCACGCGGCGAGCCCCUCGUGCCCCGUGAGGUGCGACCCCGAGGCUCAGGCCCCUUACGACGACUUCGAGAAUGCCCGGUACCGCUUCCGCGGGCACGUGAUGUUCUUCAUCGGUUUCGGCGGGGAGGUUGACGAGAUUGCACAGCAGAUGAUGGCCCACGGCCCCGUGCAGACGUCCUUGAAGGUCCACUCGGCCUUCGAGAUGUACAUCUCCGGGAUCUACCACCGCCUCGAGGAGGAGACCUUCCUCGGAUGGCACGCCGUGAAGAUGGUCGGCUGGGGCACCGAGAAUGGCACCAAGUAUUGGCGGGUGCAGAACAGCUGGAACUCUCAUUGGGGAGAGGACGGCUAUUUUCGCAUCCUGAAGGGUGUCAACGAGUGCGAGAUUGAGAGCGACGUCAUAGCGACCCACGGCGACGCCGUGUGGUCUGGGCCGGGGGCAUCUGAGGACGCCCAACUGCGGUCCCGCCAGAAGUCUAGGGCCAUAACCAGGGGCCGCUGAGCUUGGGUUGCUCACGCCUCCCUGCGCACGUUGAUUUGCACGCCGCAGCGGGCCCAGGCGCCCGCAUGACCAUGGAGCCGAGGCCGCGGUGCAGCCCCGCCCCCAAAAAAGAGGUGGCAAUCCUGGGAGGUC